AUGGCAGACAGAUUGACACAGUUACAGAUAUGCCUCGAUCAGCUUCUUGAACAAUUCUGUGCAACAAUAAACUACGUCAACACGAAUCACGAUUAUGAACCGUCAGAUAAUGAAGAAAAAAUGGCGGAUAAAGACGCAAAUGUUGCUGAUCCUAAAGAAUUCAAGGAUACUAUGAAUGAAUUAUCUACUGAUAUAAUAUUAAAGACCCGACAGAUAUUCACAAUUAUAGAGUCGCUACCGGGUAUUGGCGUGUCGACAAAAGACCAGCUAGAUAAAAUUGAGAGCCUACAGAAUGAGUUGCUAUUAGUUCAAAAGGAGAGAAGGAAAGCUAUAAAGGAGAAGAACAACCUUCUUGACUGGUGUAACCUGAUGAUCAACAGCGUUAGUGAUGAUAUUGUUGAGACCGCGAGAUUCAGUUGA